CGCGGGGCCGGCAUGCGGCCGCGGCUCCCGGCCGGCGGCGUGUGAGCGAGGGCGGCUCCCCGGCCUCGGCGGCGCGGCGCGGCGCUGGAGGGGACCGAGGCGGCGGCGGCCAUGGCGACCCCCGGCAACCUGGUGUCCUCGGUCAUGGCGAGCAAGACCAAGACGAAGAAGAAGCACUUCGUCGCGCAGAAAGUGAAGCUGUUCCGAGCCAGCGACCCGCUGCUCAGCGUCCUCAUGUGGGGGGUGAACCACUCGUCACGAGUUACAGAAGAUCAGCACGGAAGGGGUAAGGGUCUUGAGAUCAAUGAACUGAGCCACGUCCAAAUCCCGGUAAUGCUGAUGCCAGACGAUUUCAAAGCAUAUUCCAAGAUAAAGGUGGACAAUCACCUUUUUAACAAAGAAAACAUGCCGAGUCAUUUCAAAUUUAAGGAAUACUGUCCGAUGGUUUUCCGCAACCUGCGAGAAAGGUUUGGAAUCGAUGAUCAGGAUUUUCAGAACUCCUUGACAAGAAGCGCACCACUCCCCAAUGACUCCCAAGCACGCAGUGGAGCACGAUUCCAUACUUCUUAUGACAAAAGAUACAUCAUCAAAACAAUUACCAGUGAAGAUGUGGCUGAAAUGCAUAACAUUCUCAAGAAGUACCACCAGUACAUUGUGGAAUGCCAUGGGGUUACCCUUCUUCCUCAGUUUUUGGGCAUGUAUCGCCUUAAUGUUGAUGGAGUGGAAAUAUACGUGAUCGUUACAAGAAAUGUGUUCAGCCACCGUUUAUCUGUGUAUAGGAAAUAUGAUUUAAAGGGGUCUACUGUGGCUAGAGAAGCUAGUGACAAAGAAAAGGCCAAAGAACUGCCGACUUUAAAGGACAAUGAUUUCAUCAAUGAUGGCCAGAAGAUUUAUAUUGAUGACAACAACAAAAAGAUGUUUCUUGAGAAACUUAAAAAGGAUGUGGAGUUUCUUGCCCAACUCAAACUCAUGGACUACAGCUUACUGGUUGGGAUCCAUGAUGUUGAGAGAGCAGAGCAGGAAGAGGUAGAGUGUGAGGAAAACGAUGGUGAAGAGGAAGGGGAAAGCGACGGGGCCCACCCUAUUGGAACGCCUCCAGACAGUCCAGGAAAUACUCUCAACAGCUCACCACCCUUGGCUCCUGGGGAAUUUGAUCCAAACAUUGAUGUCUAUGGGAUAAAGUGCCAUGAAAAUGCACCUAGGAAAGAGGUCUAUUUUAUGGCCAUUAUUGACAUUCUUACACAUUAUGAUGCAAAAAAGAAAGCUGCCCACGCUGCAAAAACUGUUAAACAUGGCGCUGGUGCAGAGAUCUCAACCGUGAACCCCGAACAGUAUUCAAAGCGCUUCUUGGACUUUAUCGGCCACAUUUUGACGUAACGUCCCAUGUUGCCCAGGGGAUGGACAGACAUGAGAUGCAGGAACACAGCAGAGCUGGCUUCAGUUAAGGAAAAAAAAAAUAGAAAUGGAACUCAGUGACAUGCUCUUCUUGCAGAAAAGCAAGCCUCCUCACGUUUACCUCCUCAGGCCAAGAUGAUGGACUAGGGGACGACUUGCUCUAACAGCUACCUGAUAUUUCCCAGCAUAGCUCUAGCUACUUCUGACUUUUUUGUGUGUGUGCAUUAAAAAAAUUUAAAAUAUAAUUAAUGAAUUAAAAUAGAUUAGCUUUACUCAGAGCAAGUUGCGGUAGCAACUCUCUGAUACAGCUAGCUGUGGUGGAGUGAAUGAAUGAAUGAACAAGUGGGGGGAGGGGAGAAUCAGAUGCAUGUCAUACCAGCCAUGUUGGCAUCAAACUGUAAACUGUGGAUCAGUUUAUUUUUUGAGUUGGAAGACAUGAGACAGUAUUCAUAAUAAUAAUGAUAAUAAUAAUGAUGGUGAUGAUUUUUUAAAAAACCUUACGCGAAUGUUACACUUUUACUCCGCACGCUGGCACUCCUUAAUAACUGUAACAUUAACCCCUUGGCACCAGACAGGUGGUGGCAUCCCCUGUCUUUGCCUUUGCACUGUUUUGCCUCAAGUAUAUCAUGUCAGAACUUCCAGCGUCAAGGAGUUACUUUCUCUCUUCUAACGGGAGGCUGAUGCCGUAGUUGCUCUGUCAGUUACAUUUUCACCUCAGUAAAUUAUGUCAAGGAAAAA